AGUUAGAGUCACUUCACGUUGACUAUGAUAAACUGGGCAAUACCCCGAGCGUGGUAGUCUUUCAAUCAUUUAAACCUAUACUUUGUCCAGAUUUUCGAAGCCCUUUCUUCGUUCUUCAAUUCUUACCUUUCGAACUCACUCGUUGAGAACAUUCAAGAGUACAGGCCGCUCUUUUGUCUAGUGACAUACUUUUUCUUCUUUGUUUAAAAUUCGGUCUGGUUUGGAUUGUCAAUCAUGUUAAAUACUUCAAUCUGGAAUUUCUUCUUUUCUCUUUUUCUUCACAUCUUCCUUAUCACUCAUUCACUUUCUCCAGUUUCUGCUGGAGGAAAGCCUGUUGGGUUCGGAGCAGCUGUUACCGGUGGUGGGAAUGCUCGACCGGUCGCUCCAGCGAAUAUUGGAGAACUCAAAGCUUGGUUAGCGGACCAUGUACCACGUGUGAUUCUGAUUGAUAGAGUCUUUGACUUUGCUGAUUCCGAGGGAAAUGUGACAGGGCCAGGAUGUUCAAUUUGGCCUCAAUGUUCAAAUGGUGCUUUAACACAGGUAGCCAUUGAUUUUCGUGGGUGGUGCGGUCAGCAAAAGAACGCAAGACACUUGACUGUCAAUUAUCGAAAGGCGGCUAUGACUCCCCUGGUGAUAGGCAGCAACAAGUCACUCUUGGGAGUCGGUGCAAAAGGUGUGAUACGAGGCAAGGGAGUGGUGAUCAACAAGCCUGACAGAAAUGUCAUCAUACGGAAUAUUCAUUUUACAGACAUGAACCCAUUUGCAGUAUGGGGUGGUGAUUCUAUCACAUUGAAUGGGGCAACCGACGUUUGGAUUGAUCACUGUACAUUCAGCUUGAUAGGACGACAAAUGAUCUCAACCGGUGGAAGUUUCCCAAAUUCUGGAAUCACAAUCUCGAACAACCAUUUUGUCGGAAAGACUCCAUGGUCAACUGACUGUCUUGGGCAACACUACUGGACUGUCAUCUUGGGUGGCAUAGGAGACCAGAUCACCUUAGCAGAAAAUUGCUAUGUAUCAACCUCAGGACGUAGCCCUAAGCUCGGAGCCGUUGCAAACACCCGAGUAUUUUCACAUAGUUUCAAUAAUUACCAUGACGCCACUCUUGGUCAGGCUGUGGAGGUCACACGCGGAGGGACCUUAAUUGUUGAAGGAGAUGUCUUCGAUCGUACCGCUCCAGCAGAUCCUCAUCAGGCUUUCACAGAAACAGGAGGUGCCUUGUUUGCACCAUUCACGCCACAGGAGGCACAAGCAUGUCAAGGCGCUUUGGGUAGGGUUUGUGUGCCAAAUCUCAUCUCAAGGCCACCUCCUGGUAAAGCACCUUUCAAAUUUGAUGUCAACCCUGCUGCAUUGAACGCCGCUAGAGUCCUUCCAGCCGUCAAAACUGCACAUGUACAACCAGCCUCAGCAAUCGCUUCACGCAAAAUGUCACAAUGCGGUAUAGGAAAAAUCUCUUAAUUAAGAAUCUCAAUAUUUUCGUUUUUUCAACUUUGUGAUCACUUGGAAUAGGCUGGCUUGAUUUGAACAUAUUUUCUGAAUGUUUGUAUAUCAUUCUUGAUUUGAAAUAGUUUUGUUUUUUUGAAUUUCAUUCGUUUUUUGUUUGUUUUGAUUUUACCUUUCUAUUUUACCAUUAGAAGAUGAUUUAUAUAGUUGUAAAAUCAACUUGAUUGAUAUGCCAUUAUCCCAC